GACAAAAUUAGACGUUGACAAGGGAGAAUUCUAUCAGAAGGAGCAACAAAGCAACAAUGAGAUUGCAAAGAAGGGAGCUAGAGAAAUUAGUGACAGCAAAAGUAACAUCAUUGAAAAGCGGAUGUACAAGAGGGAGAUUUAUGGGCUACUUUGUGGUUCAAGCACCGGAUCUUCGGGAGCAGUAUAUAGACAUUGCCAAUGUGCAGGAAACAAAUAAAGGUUGGGUCCAAAUGCAGGUUAAUAUCCUUUUAUUACAGGCAAAUGGUGCAGGAUCUGUGCUUAGCUUCUUGAUGCUUCACUGCCACUUUCAAGGCGUCAACCCUUGGAAGGGCCGACUAUUGCUUCUUGAAUCAGUAAGCUCAGUACUUGAACAAGGAUUGUUACAAGAUGAUAAGAAAAUAAAAAAUGUAUCAACUAUGAAGGAAUGCAUAUCUACCAUGGCUAGAAAGCAUCGCAAUAGAAAAUUGUUGCCCAUGUUGAAGAAUGGAAAAGUAGCUUCGAAUGAUAUCUUAAUCAGGUUACAUGAAUCAAAAAAAAGGUUUUAUAAUUUAUGGUUGUAAAGUAUACAAUAUUUGUUUGUUCCACAGAUCAUGAGAAUUUUGA